CUUUGACAAGCUUCUUGUAGCUGCUCGAUGACGCGAUUCUGUCGCCAAGAAGGCUUCUCCAUGUACUUUUCAACCUGGUUUCUUAUAUACACCGCCAUAUAAAACCCCAUAUUACCUCCAUACCAGCAUACCUAAGGUACUAGCUUAUCUGCCACUUGCAACUCACUACAUCUACAAACCCAUUCUCCACCCAUUCACCGAAACCAUGUCCGGAACCAAAACAAACAAAACCCUCAUCUUCAAGUCCAUCCCCAAUGGCUUCCCCGUACCCGGGCAAGACCUAGCCAUCGAAUCCCUCCCCUUCGACCCCGCCUCCCCACCUCCCUCAGGCGGCAUCACCCUUGAGCUGCUCUACUCAGCCCUAGACCCCUACCUACGGGUCCGCAUGCGCCACCCAUGGAUCAAAUCCUACCUUCCCGCCUUCGAGGUUGGCAGCCCCAUCAUCAACCACGCCGUCGCGCGCAUCCUCCAGUCCGACUCGCCCAACUAUGCCUCAGGCGACCUCGUCAUUGCCCUGCUGCCCAUCGCCGAGUACGCGGUCCUCGACAAGGAGGGGCUGCAGUGGGUCAUUUCCAAGGUGCAUAAUCCGUAUAGCCUCAAGGACUUGGGACUUUUUCUCGGGCCCUUGGGCAUGCCUGGUCUCACGGGGUGGAGCUCGCUGUAUGAGAUUGGCAAGCCCAAAAAGGGGGAGACCAUCUUCAUCAGCUCGGCUGCGGGGGCCGUGGCGCAGAUUGUGGGACAACUUGCCAAGCGGGAGGGGCUGAGGGUGAUUGGAUCGGUGGGGAGUGAUGAGAAGUUGGAGUUUAUUUUGAAGGAGCUGGGGUUUGAUGGGGGGUUUAAUUACAAGAAGGAGAAGCCAUUGGAGGCGUUGGGGAGGUUGGCACCGGAUGGGAUAGAUAUCUACUAUGAGAAUGUAGGUGGAGAGCAGUUGGAGGCGGCGUUGGAGAAGAUGAACGAUUGGGGAAGGGUUGUAGGCUGUGGCAUGAUCUCGGAAUACAGCACUCCCGUGGAGCAGCGGCAUGGCGUGAAGAACCUAUUCCUUAUCAUCGAAAGACGCAUCACGAUGCGCGGCUUCAUUGUCUUUGACAAGGGCUUUGGGCCGGAUUAUGCCCAGGACCAUCAGGAGAAGAUGCAGAAGUGGCUCGCUGAGGGCUCCUACACUGCAAAGUUGGAUGUCACAGAGGGCAUUGAUAAUGCGGUUGAUGCUCUGCUCGGUAUCUUCCACGGUAAGAACUUUGGAAAGGCUAUCCUGAGGAUUAAGGGGGAGUAGGAGCUUGGAGAACGGCGUGGUUGAGACUGUUCGUCUCUUUUGUCGUUGCUGCAUUGUUAACCGUGCAGGUAGAGUUUGCUUUGUGGUCUACUAGUCGUGAUGCCCAAUACCUCUUUUCAAGCCAUAAGGCGUGUAAUACGAGUCUACAUGCCUUUGCCAUAUAGAUUCCAUAUCUGCUUGCCUUCAGGGCCAGGUAAUGUGCCCAG